UCCCCAUCGUAUUGCUCUUUACUCUCCAUAACGUUUAAAAAUCUAUGAUCCAUAUUACAGAUAUAAUUUAUCUAAUUGCUGAAAAACUGCUCCAACAAGAAGAUUCCUACCAAGGCGUCUUGGACGUCAUAGCAUUGUCAAAAGCACAUCCUUCUUGGCAGCCUGUGCUUGGCAAAUUGGAUUUCAGUCAUCUUUUGAACAAUGAAAACGAGCAACCAUGUUCCAAGGGAUACAACUAUGCCGAAUACAUAAUCAAGAUGUCAGAAUUUUUCACGAACGGAUCUCAUCGCAAACCGCUACAUUUACAGCCAAAGGAGCUUCUUAUCAAUGUGCAUGCUCUGUACGAUAGCCAAGCAAGCGAAGACAAGCUGGCCGAAUUCAACUUUGCCGUCUCGCAGCUCCUGCAACGCUGUCCCAAUAUCAAUCACAUCACGUUGCUUUUUGGGGUUAGUGAACAGCACGACGAUCAUCAUCAUUUGGCGGCCACGUUUCAAACAUUAUCGAUCUGGAAAUCGCAGCUUGAAUUGCUCACUCUGCGGUACAAUGGCUCAGAAAAGUUUAGUUUGUUUGACGAUGCCCAAAAGUUCAUUGAGCGUAUCAAGGUGCCUGAAAUCGAAUUGGAUGGCCCGUUUGGGCCCGACAUCAACCUUUUCAGUGCCAUCGAUCGAAACCCUUAUGUUCACAAUCUGGCUAUUCGUAACUCGGAUAUUUCGACUCUGCUUCAUCUGGGAAUGCUAUGGCACAAGCUCAAGAAAAUCAAUGUGGACGCUUUGGAGCCCACAGCUUUGCUUUGGGUCCCAUUCAUUGUCAUGGUAGGGUCCACGCCAUCGGAGCUCACGGAAUUGUCAUAUCAAGAACUUACGGAUAACGAUUUGCCAACCGUCAAAUCUAGCUUUGAAAACUUACAAUAUAUGCCAAAACUUCACCCAAACUUGAAUGUUUUGAAGAUCCAUAACAUCCAUUUUCUGGGAGACGAAUUUUUAUGGUCAGCGUGGAACCAUCUUUCACAACUCGAACAUCUUAAUAUCACCUAUUCUGAUGCCCUGACCGGCGAUAUCUCUUUUCUUGAUAAGGAGAAAGGUUGGAAGAAGCUCAAGACCCUCAAUCUAACCGGAUGUCACCAUUUGGGAACCAGCUUCCCACUUUUGGUGAUCGACAUGACACAGUGUCGCGACUUCACUUUGACGUUGCCUUCCCAUGUGAAGAUUGCUCAACACCUUAUUUCACGCGGAUUCUUGUCUCGACCUCCCAAGUCUUCCUCAGAACAGGAAUGGUUUCGUCUCGGCCAAUGAAAGCCGUGGUUAUAUGAUGAUAGCACUUUUCAUUCGCUCAUUAUACCUUAUCCACCACCUACAAUACAAUACAAAGCCAUUAGAGAAGAUACUUAGAACAUACCCUACUGUUCUUUUACAAAUAAUCCAGCCACCCGCGCUCUUUGCCAUCAUCUUACAAUCCUUAUACCUUAUUUCUCCCCAUCCAAUUAAUUCCUAAUGUUGAAGAAAAAUAAAUAUAUGACGUUUUCAAAAAGCAA